GAAGCCACAUAGGAAGCCGUCAAAUUAGCAUUGAAGUGUAUUCCAGCGAACCUGCCAUAUGUUACGCUCGCUCUAAAAUACGAGUAGCUAGAUAAUUCCCCCUACUAAUGACACGAACGCGAAAACGUCUUAACUUUUUAGCCUGCUGCCAUAAUUUCCAUAAUAAUUUCAUUGCGUUUGCCAUUGAGAUAUACUAAUCAAUAACUCUCCAUGCAAUGGAGUCCAAGCCCCACUCCCCAGGUGGAGGCCUCCGCACUACCCACACUGUGGUCAUAAUUAUACACGUCGCCUGUCGUCGGCGUCGUUGUUUUUGUUUGUAGUGAAAGACGUUGCCGGGGCUCUCAUAAAGCCGUCAAACAUGGCAGGACACGGGGACCUCUCUGCACGGAAGCGAAAAAUCCAAUAAACUAAAUGUAUGUGUGAAUACUUUUUGAGGCUUGCGUGCCGUCGUCGCCGUCUUGGCUAAGUUUAGUUUAGAUUCGACCCUUGCGCCUGGCAGUAGCCUUUAAACAAUGUCCAAUUUCAGUCCGAAGCAGCACCAGCAGCUGAGUCCCCGUGCCAAUGUCUUUAUUUUGGUCAACCUUGGCUGCGAGAUGCUCUAUGUGAUUGAUCAGCGGCUGAAGGCGCAACAAAUCGCCAAGGACAAGUCGGUACAAGUUAUCCACGAUGUGACAGCAGUACUGCUGGAUCCCAAGUUCAUCGACUCCCUGCUGAACGGCUCCAAGCACAACAAUGCCCAGCUCCUGACAGUCGAGCACUGCAAAUUCAUGCUGAACGAUAUAGCCACCUGCUCCGUGAUGCGCAUCGAUGAGCAGUCCAUGGGCAAACUGUGGAACCUGAUGACCAUGCUAUACAAAUGGCAGCUGUUCGUUUCCCGGCACCAACACCAUUUGCUCGAGAUAACCUUCCGACACCUGGAGGCCGUCAACAAGAUGUAUCCGGACACCAAGCGCCACAUGCUGAUUGACUUUACCAAGAACACUCUGCUGGACUUUUGGAACGCCAGUGGGGAGGAGGCGCAGCUGUCCAUUUACAAUACCAACAAGGCCUGGUUGGAGUGCUUCAAUACGAAAAUAUCGCUGCUGAUUCGGCUAGGUUUCCAGGCCAUGGACGGCAGCUUUUUCAAGGACGUGGAUCAGGAGUACUUUGGCGACUAUGUCCAGACCAUUGGUGACAACAUGUACGUGAAGAGUGAGGAGGCGCAUCAGCAGAGCGCGCGAGAGCCCAACAGCAUGGACCAACUGGCUGCCCAGCUGAACAUCAGUCCACUGCCUGCAGGCGAGGACCUGCAGCCGAUAAAUGCCCGCCAGUUCCAGGAGCAGUUUGAGCAGGCGUUUGGCAAUGUUCUGUUCGAUGAGGGCCAUUCCUCCACCUCAACAGGUUGCGAGUUUGUGCAGCUCCAGACAGCUGCUAGGGCAAACACGGAAGCCCCCCACAGCAGGAGGGAGUCCAUACUCAAUCAGAAUCUCAUCGACUUGUACAGCAAGAUGGCUUAGAAAUUAAGGAGAUAUUUACAAUUAAAAAAUAUUGUAUUUCUCAUUUAGUGGGUGUUUUGUAAAAUAAUUAUAAAAACAUGUGUCGGUUUUAUGGAUUCUGUUUUGUAUCUCUUUUAGCAUGCUUCGAAUAUAUGUUUUCUUCGAAGAUAUUCAAAGACGUGGACAAAAUAAAUCAUCAUUUGAAAUUUUGA